ACAACAACAACACAGAUGCCAGUGCUUUCUUAGACUGUAAUUAAAUGUGACCUGAAAGACUUCAAAGCAGGUAGAGUAAAAGAAAGUCCCUUGCUACUCAACAAUAAAUCUGUAUCAUGAGAACCCACAGUUGAUCUAAGUCCCUCUCUAACCCUAAUGACUCUAUUAUCCACGCUGGGUUUUAAGUUCUAGAGGGGGAGAGUUUGCAUCACUAUCACAAAUUUGAAUACAACUUUCCAUAUCUGGAAAUUUACUCCUGUACUAUUUACUGACUCUCCACCUGUAUCAAGCAGUGAGCAAAAAAAAUAUAAAACUACCUUCACAGCCUUUCCAGCGGUGACGACCUCCCCAUGACAAUAUGCCUCCCACUGAGGAUCUCCUCCACCCCUCUCCAGAAGAGAAGAAGCACCUGGUGCAGAGCCCCAAUUCCUACUUCAUGGAUGUGAAAUGCCCAGGAUGCUAUAAAAUCACCACCGCCUUUAGCCACGCACAAACGGCAGUUUUGUGGGUUGGUGGCUCCACUGUUCUCUGUCAGCCAACAGAAGGAAAAGCGAGGCUUACAGAAGGAUGCUCCUUCAGAAAGAAGCAGCACUAAACGCCACCUCGAACCAAGACGAGUGGGAAACCAUCCCAAUAAACACAUUUUGGAAAAUAAAUAAA